GAGGGGCACGGCGUCAGCGCGUCGCCGGCUGGGCCGCGCUGGUGGCCAGGAGGGAGAGACUAGGAGGAGGAGGAGGAGGAGGAGAUAUCUCUUCAUUAGCCAGAUCAGACAUAUGUAAAGAGAGACAUCAGUAAAUCUGGAUCAUCAGAAAGGUGUGAGCUUAUGACUGACUUUGGAUAAAUGUCUGGAAGAGCGUCAGUCAGUCCCAAAGUAAAAAAGGAUCAACUGUACUUUGCAGAGGGCUGAAAUUUCACCAUCACCUGUCGCUCCUUUGUCACGUACAGGUGCUCCCAGGAGAGAAUCUGUGAAGAUUUGAAAGGGCCAAUGAGUAUUCUCAUCAUUGAGGCAUUCUAUGGAGGAUCCCAUAAACAGCUGGUGGAUCUGCUUCAAGAAGAGUUAGAAUACUGUGUCCUUUAUACCCUUCCUGCAAAGAAAUGGCACUGGAGAGCACGGACGUCGGCUUUGUACUUCUCUCAGAAUAUUCCUGCCAGUGAGCAUUACAGGAUCCUCUUCGCAAGCUCAGUGCUUAACCUGACUGAACUGGCUGCCCUUCGGCCUGACCUUGGGAAAUUGAAAAAGAUUCUGUACUUCCAUGAGAACCAAUUGGUAUAUCCUGUCAAGAAAUGUCAGGAGAGGGAUUUCCAAUAUGGAUACAACCAAAUUCUCUCAUGCCUGGUGGCUGAUGUGGUGGUAUUCAACUCGGUUUUUAAUAUGGAGUCAUUUCUCACUUCUAUUGGAAAAUUCAUGAAGCUGAUUCCUGAUCACAGACCCAAAGAUCUGGAAAGCAUCAUCAGACCCAAGUGCCAAGUUAUUUACUUUCCCAUCAGGUUUCCUGAUGUGAGCAGAUUCAUGCCCAAGCACAAAGCAGCGCAUUUACAGAAGAUACUCAGCCUUAAAGGAAAUGGCGGUGUCGCUCCAUCCAUGGCCCUUCCUUUCCAACAGGAGCAGAGAGGUUCUGAGAAUUUAUUGAAGAAUUUUGAUUCAGAGUCUGGAUCCUGUGAUGCUGCGCAACAAGAAAACCUGGGUCGCUCAGUGAGGCAGGAGUCAUACUUGAAAACAUUCAGCUCGUCAGAUUAUUCAAGCACUCGUCAUGGGGAACAUAAACAAAAUCCGUGUAACAUUUUGGCUGGAGCUGAUGAUCAACAAAGACCAUUGCAUAUUGUCUGGCCUCACAGGUGGGAGCAUGAUAAAGAUCCAGAGAGUUUUUUUAAGGUAUUGAUGCAUCUUAAGGACUUAGGACUCAAUUUCCACAUAUCUGUCCUUGGAGAAACCUUCACAGAUGUCCCAGGUAUAUUUUCAGAGUCCAAAAAGGCAUUGGGAUCUUCUGUCUUACACUGGGGCUACUUACCCAGCAAAGAUGAGUAUUUCCAAGUACUGUGCACGGCUGAUGUUGUCAUCUCAACAGCUAAGCAUGAAUUCUUUGGAGUGGCAACGUUGGAAGCUGUGUAUUGUGGUUGUUACCCACUCUGUCCCAAAGAUUUGGUUUAUCCCGAAAUAUUUCCAGCUGAAUAUCUGUAUUCUACACCUGAACAGCUUUCAAAAAGGCUCCAGAAUUUCUGCAAGAGACCAGAUAUUGUAAGAAAACAUCUCUAUAAGUGUAAGUGUGUACAUCUAUCUGUAUGUUUCUCGCUGAACACUCUCCUUGUGUCAGAGACAACGAAUACAAUUGUUUCUUUUCCGGAUGAACAAGGAUCUGUUUUGCAAAUGUUGGUAAGAUAUUAUGACAUUUCCAAGAUUUUCUUUGCAUUCUGGAAAGCAGGAGGUAAACAUUUGUAGUCAUUAAGGUAGAGUCUGUUGAUAAACCAUCUUCUGUUUACUGGCAGGUAAAUUGUAACUUUCCUAGCUUUUGAAAUGAAUAACUUCUAUAAGCUGUACAGUGAGGAGCAGCCAGGGAGAGGGGGACAGACAAGGGCCAAGCCUGGCUCUCUGGCUUUUAGAAGGGCUGAGUGAUCUAGCAGGCAUCCGAGAUAGAGCGGGCACUGGUUCAAAAGUCUAGUCGGGCCCAUUGCACAGGUAGCAAAAGCGUAAGCAGGACAUAGAUCAAGGUCAGGGGGCCAGAGAGAGCCCUCUGGAUACAGGCAGACUUGCAGAUCAGAGAAAGCAGCAGUUCAAGGCCCAUGAGGUCAGGGAAUUUAAAAGCAGGGAGAGUAAGAAGCAGAAACAACAAGCUCUGUCUUUGCACACAGUGAGAGCCAUAUGUGUGAUGGACAUCACAGCACUAGCUUUGAGUCCUCCUCCCCCUUCUGAGAAGGCACUGAACAAAUUACCCCCGACCCAUAAACAAAGAGCUCGGGAAUUAUUUGAGAAGUCCCUUCUGGUCUGAGACUGUGGAACUCGGAAUCUAUCAGUUAUGCUCCUUUUGAGUGCAAAAGUUAAGAUAUAAAUAUGCCUAAGAGGUUCUUAGACUAUUCUCCUGAGCAGGGUUUAUCAUCUAAAGAGAUGCUUUAGUCAGAAAGGUGCCAUGUCAUAGAUGAUGUCUCUCAAAAUAAUAUUAUAUGCUCACGGCCAAGAAACAGUGCUUAGUUUACUAUGUUUUACUAUCCUGCAAAUAAUGAGCUCACAUUCUACAGUGAGCAAGGUAUUAUAUGCACAACUAUCCAUAUAUGUUUUUCUCACUAAGUGAUGGGAAAACAACAUGAACUACUGUUCAGAUAGUGCAUCCAAAACAUUUAAAUAUUUGCCUGAUUUUGGCAAACAAAAUAUUGCAAGUUACCUGUGUAUGGAGAUUUUUUUUCUACACCCAUAAACUCAAAUCAAAUUUUGUCUUUAGCUGUGCCCAGCAUUACUUCUGGAAUAAAAAUUUACAUUAAAGUGGUCACUUCUUAAAACUCUGCUGUCGGAUUUGGUAUUAGUACAAGUAAGCAAUAAAAAGUUUGGUAAAUGUGUAAUUCUUAACAUUUGAAAAGAUAACUGUAUCUGUGUAUGUAUGUGCAUGUAUGCUUCUCGACAGCCAUGACAUGGUGGCAUGGAGGGUUAUUAAGUAAGUUAUCCCAUAUUUUGUUG